CUCCACUAUCUGGUUUCACACACAUGAUCUCUCUUCUCCGUUUACAACCUUCCAGCAGAAUGACAAUGCCUUGUUUUCAUUUACGCUGCUAAAGAAGAUUCUGAUGUAUCCAAGAAUUACCUCUGCUAAUUGAAAAACAAAACUGCAUAUUUGUAGCAGAUGGGAAAACUUGGACCUUACUGGAGUUUUCAGAACGUUCUGCGACAGAACUGUUCUGUUUGUUUUCAUUGAUAGUUCAUGCGGAGAGUCUGGACUUUUGUCAUUAAUUCCUAGCACAAUCCGCAGCUGUGACAUUGUAUUUGCUGGUGUGCAGAAGAGGUGACAAUUGCAUGUUUGCAUCUAUAGAAGACCUUGCCAGUAUUCUUGUGAUGUUCCAUAGAGGGAGAAGGGAAGAUGAAAAGAUCUAUCUUGAAAUUUUGCUGUAGAGUCUCUCUAAGGUUUCUUAUCUUCUGCGUGUUCAUUCUAAUCUUUGUAUACGUCUGCAAAGUUGGGCUGGACUCUAGACGAUGCGAUGUAGCAGAUGUUGACCCAGAGUAUGUGAAGAGAGCAAAAUCCUUUGCCAAAAAAGUGUUGGAAUCAGAGUGCCGGCCAGCGUUUGCAAAAUCUGCAAUGGGACGCAUGUUUAAGAAACGGUACAACGCUAACUUGGCUGCUUUCACAAGCAAAGAAGAUCUUGGUAAAUCCUGGCACAAAUACGAGCCCCCGUUUGGGUUUCACAGCUAUGUAGAACAGCUUGAAGACAUCCUGCAAAUAAUGCCCGACGUUGACCUUCCUAAAGGAUUAAGCUCCAAGUCUUGCAAGCGUUGUGUUGUAAUUGGGAGCGGGGGAAUCCUUCGAGGGCUGGACCUUGGGAAAAUAGUGGACGAAUUUGAUAUUACAAUCAGGUUGAACAAUGCUCCGGUGACUGGACACACGUGGGAUGUUGGAAACAAAACAACAAUCAGGAUGACUUAUCCAGAAGGGGCCCCUGUCUCCGAAGAAGAAUAUAAUAACAGUAGCCUGUUCGUGACCGUUCUUUACAAGAAUGCAGACUUCCUGUGGCUUCAGUCAGUACUGAAAAACGAAACUUUGUCUGUGUGGAACAGAUUGUUUUUCUGGAAGAGUGUAGUGGAACGUCUGCCACUUAAAUUCAAACAACUCCGUAUCCUGAACCCUCUCAUUGUCAAGGAGACUGCACUUGAUAUUCUGGAAUACCCACAACCAGGGAACAAGUGGAUUGGUUGGGAAAAGAACAUACCUACGAUCGGUGUGACCGCCAUCAUCCUGGCUACACAUUUGUGUGAUGAAGUGAGCUUUGCAGGUUUUGGUUAUGAUCUCAACCAACCUGAUAUCACCCUGCACUAUUUUGAUAACCUCUGCAUGAAUGCCAUGAGCAGACAGCCAAUGCACGAUAUUAUGAAAGAGAGAGAGCUCAUCCAGAGACUUGUCAAGGAAGGAGUAGUGACCGAUCUUAGUGGUGGAAUUCACUGUGAGUUCUGCAACAAGCACUUGGCAGACACCUGAGCGAUAAUCUGUGACUAAGCUUGACAUUAGCCAAACACUGUGCCUUUUCCAAAGAGCAACUUUGACCAUCCAAGGAGUCAGGACAAUCUUAACCUAUUCAGGUCCCACAGAAUUUAACUUUUUCAUCGUAGACAUUCUCAAGUGAGAUUCUAUGCAAACUACAGAAUUCUUCUGGAUAGUUGGACAUUUAUUUUUGGUUUCUUGACUUUUUAUGUAUACAUAAACAUAUACCUAGAUUUUUGUUGAACAAUCUAGUAAUUCAUUGAAAAAAAUAAAUGCAGCCAAUAGCAUAGAACUGCAACAUUCUAUUUUCUAAGGCCGGAAAACCCUACACUUAUCACAAAGAGGUUUCUGGUAUAAUGUCAUUUUGUUUAAAAAUAUGCCAGCCUUUGCUGUCCGCAUGGACACGUGUUCUCGUCUUACAGGAGACUUGUUUUUGUCUCCUAUAAGGUUUUAUUUAUACUGUAAGCCAUGUUUGGCACUAUUUACUGUAUUACAGGCAGCUUAUAUUUUUAAUGUGGGUUUGUUUUCAAACCGUUUCUUCCAUCAGUGUGCAAGGCAUUUGCAGACCUUGAAAAGCUGAUAGUGUGCGAAUACGAGUAGUUAGCAUCCACAGGUUUAUUCAACAUUCUGUUGUUGUUUAUUUUCUGUUUGUCAGCAGUUCAAAUUUAUCAGUUUCAAGUCAACAGUUUAAUUUUUUUAACAAUACUUCUAAAAAGCUAGAAUGCUCAGUCAGCCCCGCAGUAUGUCAGGUUUUGUAUGUCGCAAUGUAAUUGGCAUAUACAGAGAGCGGUUAGAAACAGUGUAAUUUUUAUGACUUCUACACUUUUUUUUCAACAAAAAUAUUUUUGUAGUUUGUAACCCACUGCUCCUUUUUAUAGCGAGCUAGAGAUGAUGUGCCUUAACCCUCUGUCUCAAAAUAGCCUGUACGUUAUUACUGUUAUGCACUACUUGAAUACGAUAUGUCAU